CUAAAGAAAGCGGGCCUGGAAUUUCCAACGAAAUCUGGUGACGCUGGCCUUGAUGUUAAGGGUAUCAGCGGGAAAAUCAAUCAGGAUAUGGCUAAUGAGAUUUCGGACGACAAUACUGAUUUGAAAACCGCAAAAGGCACCGAGGAUGCUGCUAGCGAUGAAGAUUUCGAUAAAGAGGGAUCACCGCAGUUUUUGUCUCGUCUGAAUUCGGAUGCCUAUUCGGAGAAAAAACUCAGAGAAACAACGCUGCAGAUUUUGCUGGAAAAAGAUGGUCUGCCACCACGGCGUGUUGAAGCUGAUUAUUUGAAUCCAGCUACCGAAAUCAACGUUAAGCUUGCUGAUUUAGGAAAUGCUUGCUGGACACCACAUAGCGGCGACACGUAUAGCAGGGAUGAGGAUCAUCUUGCGCACAUUAUCGAGCUUCUGGGAAUAAUUCCUCCCCGGAUCUACAAAAAGGGAGCUCAUUGGCGUGAAUUUUUCAAUAAGCACGGCCAGCUGAUUCACAUUCACCAGCUGAAACCAUGGUCACUGGUGGAGGUGCUAACGCAGAAGUACGAUUGGUCGAUGGAAUCGGCCGCACAGUUCUCGUCUUUUCUGAUCCCGAUGCUGGCAUUCGAUCAGGAUGAACGAGCAACAGCCCGCCAGUGUCUCCAACAUGACUGGUUAAAGCCAAAUGGCGGAAAGCCAUUACCGAGUGAGGCACAAGCAGCAUCGCCUUCGUUAUCGCUAGAGUCGCAGCAGCUGGAGCAGGACGAACAGGAAGACGAGGAGGAAUCGGGCGAACUGCAGGAGGCGCAGUUAUUCCUCGAGUCGCCUCAGGCAUGCAUUCUUUUUCUGCAAAAAAAUGAAUGA